UGGUGGAGGCGGCGGCGCACGCGCAUGGCCGAAGGUGAGGCACCAACCGGGCUGGUGACAGGGCCGGGGGAAGAGAAGACGGAGGCGGAGGUGGAUGCGGGCUUCGAGUUCGCCUUCAAUAACAAGGCCUUCUCCGACAGGGUCUUGCGGAUAGAGGUCGUCGGCACUACCCGCAAGCGCCACCGCUAUAAGGCUAAAGAUAAUGAUGGAGAAGGUAUUGACUCUUCUUGUGUUGUGAUGGGUACGCCAGUGUUACGAGUCAAGACCAUACAUGUCAGUUCGGUGAUCCUCACCGCAAGAAGUUCUUUCUUUUUUAAGCUUUUCUCAAAUGGCGCGAAAAAAUCUGGUCAAAGACAGUCAAAAAUUAGAAUUGCUGAUUCAGAGGAAAAUGCCUUUAUGGAGCUUUUACGCUUUAUGUACAAUGGAAAGUUGAGACCAGCAACCGAGUCCAGUCUUCUGGUUGAUAUCUUGAUGGCUGCUGACAAAUUUGAUGUCGUUUCAUGCAUCAAGCUUUGCACUCAGCGGCUCAUAGGCCAGCCUAUGACCCUUGAAUGUGCAGUGAGGUGCCUAGAUCUCCCAUGUUCCAUUUCAAUGGCAGCUGACCUAUCAGAGGCAGCCAAGAAAUUCCUUUCUGAAAGAUACGAGAAAUUCCUGUUAACAAAGUUCCAAGAUGAAUUGAUGACGAUUCCUCUCACUGGGAUUGUAGCCAUCUUAUCAAGGAAUCACCCUGGGGUUGCAUCUGAAGAAUCCGUCUAUGACUUCGUGCUCAGGUGGGCCCAUUUGCAGUACCCAAAUUCAGAAGAAAGACACAAGAUUUUGAGCUCAAGUUUACUUCCACUGGUGACACUAGGGCGUAUCAUGACCAUUGCCAUCCUAACUGACCAGUCAUCUUGCGUAAUUAACUAUAGUAUAAAGCAUGAGCACUGCCGCGGGCUCUUCCCAUCAAGAUCGAUACGCUCGCCACCAUUCUAUUGUGCAGGGCAUGGUUUCUUCCUCUCGGCGCUCGCUAAAACUGAGCCAUUCAACUUUUUUGGUCUCUUAAUAAAGAAGCUAGAAGGCAAUGACCCACUAAGGGGGACAAUAGAUUAUGAGAUGGAGGUAACGGCAAGGCGGUCGUCGGAGUUUGCCUCCAUAUCGAGGCGCACCACCACCACCGACAUUAGACAAGCUUUUGGAUGCAGGAUUCCUUGGUCGGAGAUCAGUGCUGAUGAUAGCCCCUUCUUUGUCGACGACAAUCUCCAUCUGCGAGUUCGCAUCAAGAUUACGCCGCAGCCAUAGUGAUGCAUGCAUUUGCUCUGCUCUCUUUUGGUGACCGGAAAUGUAGCAAUGUACAGCAUGUGAACAUCUACAGUUGGAUGAUGAAGGUUUCAUUGUGUCGUGGACUCUUAUUACCAGACGCAUAACUGUCAAACGCGCGCACGUGUGUUUUGAUGUCCGACGAAGUCGCUGAACGGUUAACGUGCACUUUGUCGUGAGUCGGAUUAUGUGACCAUCUGUUCAUGGUUAUGUUUGGACAUUUUUUUUUGU